ACACUAAAGCCUAGUCUCCCUUAACCUCAGAUCACUCCAACCUUCAACACCGCAGAGACACUCCACUCACACGGCUACAGGCUUCAGUCCGGCUUAAUAUGAUGAAGUAAUUUAUCUAUAGAGCCUAAUUAUGGAUUUGCCCUGAUUCAUCCUGUAAAAAGAGGUGCUGUAACAAGCAGUAAGCAGAAUGAGUUGGGGAGCACUUUACUCCCAGCUGGGAGGGGUGAACAAACACUCCACCAGCCUGGGAAAGAUCUGGCUGUCUGUUCUCUUCAUUUUCCGAAUCACCAUCCUGGUGUUGGCCGCAGAGAGCGUCUGGGGGGACGAGCAGUCAGACUUCACCUGCAACACACAACAGCCAGGCUGCAAAAAUGUCUGUUAUGACCACUUCUUCCCAGUCUCACACAUCCGCUUCUGGUGCUUGCAGCUCAUCUUUGUGUCCACCCCGGCUUUGCUGGUGGCCAUGCAUGUGGCAUAUCGCAAGCGUGGGGUUAAGAGAGACCUCAUAGCCUGUAAAGGUGACAAAGCCAAGGAGGAGGACCUGGAGAAUCUGAAAAAUAGGCGCUUGCCCAUCACAGGCCCACUGUGGUGGACCUACACCUGUAGUCUGUUCUUCCGGCUCAUUUUCGAGGGCGGCUUCAUGUACGCCCUCUACUAUGUCUACGAUGGCUUCCAGAUGCCACGUCUCGUCAAGUGUGAGCAGUGGCCCUGUCCAAACAAAGUGGACUGCUUCAUCUCGCGACCAACAGAGAAGACAGUUUUCACUAUUUUCAUGGUGGCAUCCUCUUGCAUCUGCAUUGUGCUUAAUGUGGCAGAGCUGGCCUACUUGAUCAUUAAAGCUUUGAUGAGAUGUUCAGUUAGAACCAAGAGAAGGCGCUCGUACGCCCACUCAGACAACAUGAAUAAAGAUAAAUCUUACUUGCAGAACAAAACUAAUGAGAUAUUAUUAUCAUCAGCCUCUGACUGCUCUGCUAGCAAGUCUGUAUAGGACCUUCAGUGCUAAACCUUCAGUAAAGAGGACAGAGGACAGUUUAAGUGUUCAGUCAGCUUGUUUCAUGUUGCCUUCCAUGAAAGAAUUUGAACAUACCAAGGUAGUAUUUCUGUCCCUUGAUGAAACAAACGUUGCACUGUUAUUGACAUUAAUACCUAAACACAAUUGUCAGUGAUAAAAAGAAUGAGGAGGGUCUAAAUCUGCACAAAGACAAUGAUGACACCUAGUGGUCAGGACAUAAUAAAGAUUUUUCACUCGUUUACUGUUGAGUUUAAAGUGACUAAUCUGUCCUGUUUUGGGGGCUACUAACUGACAUUCAUAUUGCAUUGUCACACAAAGAGAGACAUAAUACUUUAAUGUGUUUUAAAGUGUAAAGCCUAGGCUAUUAUAAACUGUAUAGUAUUAAGAAUGUGAUUAUGGGAUAUCAGACAAGGCCAAGGACCUUUUUUGUGUGUUUACAGGAUUUAAUCUCUUCUAUGCUUUAAGAAUAACAAAAAUGCAUUUUAGCUUUUUGAUUUAAAAUUAUGUGUUUAAGCUGAAUAACCUAUUAAUAAUCUGUUCAAUGUGGAUCUGGAUCCAUGAUGGGACCUAAUCAUAUUAUCAUUAUAUUGUUCAAUAAAUGUGUUGUGCCAGUUCACUCUAACAUAUAAUGUGCCUUCACAAAGUUGAAUGUUGUGCUUAUAAUUACUAUAAUAUAAAACAAGAUGCACAAUUUUUUAAAUCUUUUUUUGCACAAACUCCCCCAACCAUAAAAAUUAUCAUCUGUCUUCAUUGUUUACCCACAAGUUGCUCCUCCACUAUCUAGGUAUAGCGAUGCCCUUGCACCAACCCUUACAGUAGCUGUCACAGCUAUCGGUUUACAACUAUGCCUUAUUAUAGUUUCUGAACUUAUCACCCUGUACUCUAUUAAUAUGGAUACAUGUAAUAUGUUAUAAAAAUGAUCUUAGGUGCCUGUAUGUGCUCCUCUAGGGGCCAGUUGUGUGUAAGUUCAAGCAUAGGCUAGUUGUAACGUAAGUGUUUAGUGUAUUACUAAAUCAAAACGGGUUGAACCACAUAAACUAGUAUAUACGUAGCAGCUUGUAGCUACUACAUAUUUACACCUAACUCUGAGCAGGAGUAAGAUGUAACUACACCAAUGGAAAACAAUAAUGGCUUGUUUGGAGCGUUGAACAGGAUGACAGGGUGUUGGGAUAUACAGGAUUGUGGUGCAACAGAUUUAGUAUGUUUCGUAGUUUAAAAUGAAUUACUAGUAUCUAAGGACUUAGUAGAGUGUUUACACACAAAUCUAAGAAGGAACGUACACAAACGUGGUGCAACUGUUAUGUUACAAGUAUCACCUGUAGCAUAGGUAAGCCACCUACCUGUGGACAGGUGGGUGUUUUGGUCAAUAGAGCAUAAUAUUAGCUGCCUCCCCACUAGCAUUUAAGAAAAUGUCUUGUAUUUCUUGAGUUUUGUGUGUUUUACAUUUACAGCUCUGGAAAAAAAAAUUAAGAGACCAUUUCAGUUUCUGAAUCAGUUUUUCGGAUUUUGCUAUUUAAAGGUAUAUGUUUGAGUAAAAUAAACGUUUUAUUCUAUAAACUAAACUCCAAAUUAAAAAAAUAUUGUCAUUUAGAGCAUUUAUUUGCAGGAAAUGGCUAAAAUAAUAAAAAAAGAUGGUGAGCUUUUCACAGUUCAAGCAGUUCAGCUUGGUUUGAUGGCUUGUGAUCAUCCAUCUUCCUCUUGAUUACAUUCCAGAGGUUUUCAAUUUGGUACAUUUUAAUUUAUUUUUUCCAGAGCUGUAUUUUUGUGACAGUUUGGUACAGUUAAAUGAGGGGGGAAAUAUGUAUAGGUGUAGUAUGUAUUUAUGUUUUUGCUAAAUUUGAGUAAAAAUUGCACAUUUGAGUUCAUGAAGUCUGAUUAAUACAUUUUAAUAAAUUCUUACAUUCAUCA